AGUGUUUAUAAAGCAGCCGCUUGGCAGCAACACACAGUUAAAUACGGCAGAUAACAGAGCUGAUAGAACACGGACUGCCAGGUGAGCCUCACAUCAAGGAAUACACUCCACUGGCUUUGAUUCUAUUUGAUUCUUUCUGCGUGCUAAUAUUUUUGUUGUUAUCUCGUCUGUUUCAGACUUUUUCAUAGGAGGAACACAACAUGAAAAUACUUUUACUCCUAGCAGCCAUAGCUGCAGUCUCCCAGGCCCAAACUGACUGCUCUCGGGGGGCUUGUUACCCACCCAGCAGUGACCUGCUCCUGGGCAGGGCCCAGCAGCUCCACGCCUCCUCCACCUGCGGCCUCGCAGGCUCCGAGGUCUACUGCACCCCGUACGAACAGAGGAGGAUGAAGUGUUGUCCAUGUGACUCCAGGAACCCAAAUGGUCAGCUGGCCCACACUGUCCAGGAUGUCCUGUCCACAUCUGGACCAGACAGAUGGUGGCAGUCUGUGAAAGAGGUGAAUCCCGUCACUCUCCAGUUGGACCUGGGCAACCUGUUCCAGCUGGACAACCUGGUGCUCAGCUUCAAGGGUCCGCGUCCCAGUUCCUUUCUCAUAGAGAGGACACGGGAUAAUGGCAGGACGUGGCAGCCCGCUCUCUACUUGGCUACAGACUGUCACAAGGCUUUUCCUGGCAUCCCCACAACUGCACCUCUCACCCUGGACCAGACAUACUGCUACACACUGCCCCCUACUGGAGCAAACCCAUACCAAGAUCACAAAAUCCAGUUUGAUCCUUUGCGUCAGUAUGCUUAUGUGCCUGCUUCUACAAACCAAAAAAUUGAAGAUGUGUCUGCGGUGACGGGGCUGAGGGUGAGCCUGAUGGAGCUCGGCGAUGUGCCGCGUCUGCCAGGCAGAGCUCUCAGUAGGUUCUACGCCCUGAAGGAGAUGAGGGUGAUGGGCAGCUGUAUGUGCCACGGACACGCCAACCGAUGCCUGCCAGAGGCCGACAACAACCUGCUGACCAACAGCAUACAGGUGAAUCCUCAGUGUGACUGCCAGCAUAACACAGCCGGUGUUAACUGUGAGCGUUGUGCUGAUCUCUACAACGACCUGCCCUGGAGACCCGCAGAGGAGGGCAACACUCAUACCUGCAAACGUUGUGAGUGUAACAACCACGCCCAGCGCUGUCAAUUUGACCAGGCAGUGUUUGAGGCCAGUGGGCGGAGGAGCGGAGGUGUGUGUGAGGGUUGCCUGCACCACACCACAGGGCCAAAGUGUGACCAGUGUGCCCCGGGCUACCAGCCAAACCCUCGCAGCCGAAUGGACCGCCCCGAUGCUUGCAUACGCUGUAUCUGCAGUGCUGAGGGGACAGUAAACGGGGGCCAGUGUGACGACAGCACCGGCGCGUGUCAGUGUAAAGUGAAUGUGGAAGGCCCCCGCUGUGAGCGCUGUAAGAGAGGCUACUACGACCUGAGCGCCUCCAACCCUCUGGGCUGCUCCAAGUGUUCGUGUUCCCCAGACGGGUCCCUGUCAGAUGUCUGUGACGCGAUGAGCGGCCAGUGUACCUGUCGGCCCCACUUCCACGGCCGGACCUGUGAAGUGUGUUCCAAAGGCUACUGGAAACCAGCGCUGACAUCAUUCUGCAAACCCUGCGGCUGUGACCCCACCAGGUCAUACAGUGAUACUUGUGACCAGGUGACAGGUCAGUGUCAGUGCAGACCAGGCUUUGGAGGCCCAACAUGUAGCGAGUGCCCAGACAACACAUACGGAGACCCUCUCAUAGGCUGCCGAUCGUGUCGCUGUGAUGCUGAAGGAACACUUCCAGGCGGUUGUGACAAGCAGACAGGAGCCUGUUUGUGUCGGCCCGGCGUCAGAGGAACCCGCUGUGACUCCUGCAGCCGAGGACAUUGUGACUCCUUCCCUGGCUGCGAGACCUGUCCGUCCUGCUUCUUCACCCUGGACGCCCAGAGACAGAACCUCAGUGCAGCUCUGGAGAGACUCUCCCCCAGAUUCCCUUCCCGUCCUGGAGGGGCUGGUGAUCCUGGAAACUUUGGACCUCGCAUCCUCAUCCUGGAGAACAGCCUGAACCUGAUCCGGGACUCCAUCUCCCUCCCCCCCAGUAUUACCACACAGGUCGAUAAUGCUCUGCUCCAACUGGACAAGCUCAGGAACCGGGUGGACAGGGUUAACAGUGACCUUUCACCCCUGACAACAACUACUGGUCUGGACUCGGAGCUGGACAGACUGCAGGCUCUGCUGGACAACCUCACUCUGGUGUACAAAGCCAAGAAAGAUGCAAAGGACAACUCCGGCAAUCAGAACAAUGCAGGAGCAUUUUCUGCCAUCAAGACCGCCUACGAUGAGUCUACAGAUGCAGCUAAGAAAGUAAUUGCCAGCGGAGACGUGGUGAAGGAGUCAGCUGAUGCCAGAGGAAAGACUAUGGACCUUCAAAACCAAGUCCAGCCAGCCAACACCAGAGACCUGGACAAACUGAACCAGAGCAUGGCCUCCCGACCCGACCUCACUCCUGUUGCCAAACAGGUAUGUGGCAGUGUUCGCUCAGAGCCCUGCACCCCUCUCCAGUGUGAGGGUGGAGAGUUGUGUCCCCCGGAAGGAACCCCACCUUGUGCAAAGGGUGAGAAAUGCGUGGGCGCCCUGCCUCUGAGCAAGAGGGCAGACGCUGAUGCUAAGGAUGUGAAAGAGCGACUAGACAAGCUGACCGGGAAGAUCACAGAGGCUGCAGAGAAGCUCCAGGAAACACAGGAUACAACCAAUCAGGUGAGACAGUCUGCAGAGAAGCUGUCCAAUAGGAUGAAGCAGGCCCGAGACGAGCUAGAAGACGACUUGAGAGAGACGCGUGACGUUGUGCAAGACCUCAAAGAUUUCCUGUCAGACCCGUCCUCCAACCUGACCCACAUCCAGGAGGUGAGCGACUGGAUCCUGAAAGCCAAACUGCCUCUCAGCCUGGCCGCUCUGAAGAGGAAGCUGGAGGAGCUGAAGAAUUUGGCGGCCAAUCUCCCAGACAGCACGGCCGUGUUGAAUCAGGCCGAGCCGCAGCUGGACAAAGCCAGAAAACUGCUGCAGGAAGCACAGGAUGCCAGGGAUACAGCCCUGGGAGUAAAGGCCGACGUGGACGGGUUGCUGGCAGGCUUCGGCUCGGUGGAGGACUCCCUCUCUAAACUGGAGGACAAACUGCAGAACAGCAUGGAUCUCAUAGACAACGUGAGCAACAGCCUGACUAAGGCCGAAGAGCAGCUGAUCCCAGCAGAGAAGGCUCUGGAUGAUGCAUCGGCACUCAUAAAGCCAAUGAAGCCCCAACUGGACGAGCUCAAAGAACUGCUGCAGAACGGAGACCAGCAGGCCCAGGAUGCACAGGACAACGCAGACAAAGCUGACGAUGAAGCAGCUGCUGCCAAUAAGGACUUGUUGUCUCUGGAGAAGCAGCUGGAGCUUCUUAAAGAGAAGGCUGCAGCCAGUGAAGGGACGGAGCCGCUGGGGGAUCGACUGGUGAAGCUGCAGCAGGAUGCCGGAGCGCUGGCCAACACCACUGACAACAUGAUGAAGGCUCUGGAAGGUAAAGCAGAUUCCCUCAAGGGGCUGCAGGACGAGAUCGUACUGAAGUCAAAACAGCUUGAAGGACUCGAUGCUAAGCUUAAAGACAUUUUGGGAAAACUUCGAAACAAAGCCCAGGACCUCAGUACCUGCCAGGGCUGAAAGCCCCCACGCUAGCAGCCACACCAUUCACACCUUCUAUUCUCAGAAAAUGAUGUCACUUUACUAAAGGGGACGUCCUCCCUAACUCUGGAGUAGGGCUGAACGAUUUAGGGGAAAAAAAUCUAAUUGUGAUUUUUCUGCCAGAUAUUGAGAUUACGAUUCAUUUUGCAAUUU